UACUCAGUUGGGACACCCGUCUCUUGACGUCCCAAAAGGAAGCUUUCUAGUGUGACAGGACUACGCGAUCGGACAUAGACCACUAUAUGCCAUCUGCAAAGGUAUAUAGUGGUCUAUGGAUCGUAGUAUUCUUUGGGCCCGUCUUCCUCCAGAUGAUCUUCAUGCGAGGAAGUUUCCUGCUGUACGCCGUUGUCGCUUAUAGUGAUCUGGCCGGACAUGGCGCCUAAUCUCCGUGUUAGCGAGCCACCGAGGUGUGUCUGCGCCCGCCGCAGAGCCAAGGCCCAGCCCAGGUACAGCCUACGGGGUUCGAGAAACAAGGUUGUGAUUGCCCACAAUGCGGUCUUAUAACGUGUCUGCUCAUCGAGCCUGGGUAUCGAGCCUGGAAGCCAUUGAGGGUAGGUAAUUCGAGGUAGCUUUAAGCGGCAAUGAUUUCUGUCAGUUUCGCUGACCUUUUGCUCUGUGCGUAUUGGUACUAUGCAAUGCAUACUUGUGCGCAUGUUGUUCUAUAUCAGUGACCACUCAUGCAUUGCGUCAGUGGCUGGACGAGGUCAUGACCCCAUUCAGUAUGCAGUGGGCGCUGUGUUCCUGCUACUGAGCCUGCGUUUACCAAUGCACGCGGUGGCCGGUGGGUCGGCUGGUCUCCGUCCGGCGGCGGGGCGUCAGUGGCAAUCGGGCGCUCGCCAUGGCGGGUCGCCUGCCCGGCCCGGGGUACCCUGUGACCGGUCAGCGCCUGCUACUGCUGCUGCUGAUCUGUAUCACCUGCUGCCGACCGGCCGGGGCGGCCCGCGACCGUCGCUCACUCCAGCGCCGCUCCUGGACCAGCGACGGGUUCGACGUGGAGGAGGUACGGCUCAGACAGGCGCGCCAGCAGCUCUGGAACCGCACACUACAGGUGGUCACCAUCCAUAGGCCGCCGUUUAUUAUCCUGAAGAUGGCCACAGACGGGAAGACAAUACUUGACGCACAGGGCUUCUGCUUCGAGAUGCUGAAUGCCCUAAAGGAAAAGUACGGUUUUAGGACGGAGCUGCGGCUACCGUACGACGGCAACUGGGGAAAGCGGCUGGAAAACGGAACAUGGAAUGGCAUGGUCGGCAUGGUUAACAGAUCCGAGGUGAAUCUGGGCGUGGCUGGCUUCACCAUCAGCCAGGUCCGCGAGGAGGGCAUCGACUUCACCAUCCCCUUCUACGAGGAACCCUCUGCCAUUCUGAUGCCGCCUCCGAAGCCGGGCAGCAAGCUGUUCGCGGUGGUGCGGCCCUUCUCGUGGGGAGUGUGGGUGGCGGUUUUGCUGACUCUCCUACUGAUCGCUCCGGUGAUGUCUUUCCUGGACCAUUUCGCCGAGCAUCUGAUACCGAAACUGUACCCGCACCGGCCUGACGCCAAAGUCCGCUACUUCAGUAUUCAGUGGUACAUGUUCGGCGGUCUGCUGUCACAAGGCGGACAGGUGAUACCGACCAACACGUCCUCACGGGUCCUGCUGGGCGUCUGGUGGCUCAUGGCCAUCACCAUUAUCGCCAGCUACACAGGCACGCUGAUCGCCUUCCUCACUGUGCCCACGGUGACGGACAAGAUCAACUCGCUGGAGGACCUGACGUCCCAGACGGAACUGCGCUGGCGGUUCCGACGAGACACGGCGCACGACAGUCUGUUCAGUACGUCACAGUCGGAGAUAUACAGGAAGAUCGGCGCGGACCCGAGCAGCCGGGUGGCAUCGGAUGACGAGGGCAUAGCCGGCGUGCUCAGCGGACGCUACGCCUACAUCAAGGAGAAGUCGUACUUGGACUUUGUGCUAGACGACGACUUUCGUACGACUCGCCAGUGUCGGCUCAAGAUCGCCCGCGAGGAGUUUUUCACGGCCGGCUUCGGCUGGAUACUGGAGACUGGCAGUCCCGUGCGGGACCUCUUCAACUGGGAGUUCCUGCGUAUGUCCGAGUCGGGCCUGUUCAGUAGGUGGCGCUCCGAAUACUGGCCCAAGCCGUCCAACUGCAGCACCGGGGCCAUCUUCACGGACGUCACCACCAAGCCGCUGGUGCUGGAGGACAUCGUCUCCUCGCUGAUCCUCUACCUGAUGGGCACGCUGCUGGCACUGCUGGUGUUCCUGCUGGAGAGGCUGGUCAGGAUCGGGCCCGGUCGGCAGCGGGAGGAGACGGAGAAGCGCCGCCGCGGGAAGGCGGCGGAGGCGGGCCGAUGGGCGCACCCGCACACAGUGCGCCGCUGGCACGGCCGCUGACACUGAGAGUCGACACUGUCGUAAUACCUGAUAGUGAGUGUCGGUGCUAACUACCAGAGGCACAGAGAGUCAGUGCUCUUUAGUCAUUUUUGCCACACCAAAAUAUGUGUCUGUUGUGGCAGCACUACUGACAGUGGACACUGAUGUGACGCCAACCACUGAUGUAUUUACACCACCACUGUCACUGAUGGCGAGUGUUGACACUUUCCAUGAUGCUGGAAGUCGAUCUAAACUCCUGGCCGUCGUAAGAACCGUUCUAAAAGCUGGCCGAAUCUAUGUCUGAAGUAUGUCCCCUAAUAUUGGAAGGCAAUAGGCAUUUAAAUCGGUACUCGGCACUAACAUUGGACUCAAAGUGUCGAGUCUCAACGUCUCUGGGAUGUCAAGAUGUUAACUCAUGCAUCGUUUCGUUUGCGUCAUCAGUACCUCGCACAAAACUAGAUCUCAGCUGUUGUACCGUGAAAUGUUUAUCGUAAUAUGAAUAAAUGUUACAACGUUUAGGUGCAGAUAAAGGUCUUGUUUGGUGAUUAUGCUAAAAUAGUUCAACUUCGGUUUUGUUUGUAGUCACUGCGUCAUGAUAUCGUAUUUCAUACCGCCUCCUUCCUUCACAAUGUUGUUUCAACACGGUACCGCUGCUAAAGAGAGAAGCAAUACACAUUGUCACUGAU